ACUGGGACCCAAUCACAGCAAGAAGAGUCUUAAAAUCUUGAAGCAUUGGCAGUGACAGAUAACUAAGAAGUGACUGAUUCUUAAACAACUUUAUCAACUUCUGCCAACACUUUUUCGCGCAAUUGGUAAGUCUUUCCAUUUUUAGUAACCCAUGGACCUAAACAAUUCUCAACCUCUCCUUUCAUUUCAGAAAAUCCAUGUGCGCUUAUCUCCUUUCAUUUCAGGAGUAGGAACAGUAAUCAUACUGGUAGAUGGCUAGAUUCAUAUAACUCAACUGACUAUUUAAAACUCUAUAAAGAGGGCUUAGGCUUAAAGAAGAGAAAAGAAAAUACUCGUAUAGAAGGGGGAAGGGGAGGAGCAGAUCGAGGUAGUAAUAGUUUUAGAAAGAGGGCAAAAAAUGGCUCGUGGGAAGAUCCAGAUCAAGAGGAUAGAGAAUCAAACCAACAGGCAAGUGACCUACUCUAAGAGAAGAAACGGGCUGUUUAAGAAAGCUCAUGAGCUCACCGUCCUGUGCGAUGCUAGAGUUUCCAUCAUCAUGGUCUCCAGUACCCAGAAGCUUCACGAAUACAUCAGUCCCACAGCCACGACAAAGCAGUUGGUUGAUCAGUAUCAAAAGGCUGUAGGGGUUGAUCUUUGGAGCUCCCACCACGAGAAAAUGCAAGAGCAAUUGAAGAAGCUAAAGGAGGUGAAUAGAAAUCUUCGUAAGGAGAUCAGGCAGAGGAUGGGGGAGAGUUUGAAUGAUCUGAGUUAUGAUGAGCUCGGUUUUCUCAUAGAAGACGUGGAUAAUUCUCUGAGGGCCAUUCGGGAGAGGAAGUACAAGGUAAUUGGGAACCAGAUCGAGACUCACAAGAAAAAGGUGAGGAAUGUUGAAGAAAUACACAGAAAUCUCCUGCUUGAACUGGAUGCUAGAGGAGAGGAUCCACACUAUGGCUUGGUUGAUAACGGCGGAGGGGACUACAAUCCGGUCCUUGGCUAUCCUCGUGUGUUGGCAUUACGCUUUCAGCCUACCCAGCCUAAUCUUCACAGUGGAGGUGGAAGCUCGGAUCUUACGACUUUUGCCCUGCUUGAGUAGCAGUUUGAUGUACUAUAUAUAUACAUUUGAUCUCUAUUUCUAUGUUGCGAUGGUCUCUAUUUCUUUUUUAAAUACAUUUGAUCUCUAUUUCUGUAUUGUUUCUUUUCAAAACUUUUGACACAAAACA